CAUGCCGGUGGGGGGCAGACGGAUAGGGCAGACGGUACGAGCUGGAAGCCAUGUUUGUUGUUCCUCCUUCUGCCACUUCGGAGUUCGGUACGUUCAGGGUCUGAACGUUCAAGAACUCCGUCUGCAUGUCUUUAUUAUCAACAAUAUCGCCACUAAAUAUUCUCUACCACCCUCCGAAUGCAGAUUAACAGGUAUGCCAAAGGAAAAAUAUGAUUCCCCGGAUCCUCGCCGAUUAUACACCAUCAUGUCAGCUGAGGAGGCAGCCAACGGGAAGAAGUCGCACUGGGCCGAGCUGGAGAUAUCAGGUCGGGUCAGAAGUCUGAGCAGUUCUCUGUGGACUCUCACCCACCUGACGGCUCUACACAUCAACGACAACAACCUGAGUCGUAUCCCGCCUGACAUCGCCAAGCUGCCACACCUGGCCUACCUGAACCUGUCGUCCAACAAGCUCCGCAGCUUGCCCGCCGAACUCGGAAACAUGGUGUCUCUCAGGGAGUUGCUUUUAAACAACAAUCUUUUGCGAGUUCUACCUUACGAACUCGGGCGGCUGUUCCAGUUACAAACCCUGGGGCUAAAAGGUAACCCUUUGUCCCAAGACAUCCUCAACCUGUACCAGGAAUCAGACGGAACCAGAAAGCUCUUGAACUACAUGCUUGACAAUCUAGCAGUGCACCCAGAACAGCUCCCCCAGAGACCUUGGAUCACCUUGAAGGAGCGGGACCCAAUGAUCCCUACAGCCAUGUUCACAGUGAUGUGUUACAACGUCCUGUGUGAUAAGUACGCAACGCGUCAGCUGUACGGCUACUGUCCCUCCUGGGCCCUCAACUGGGAGUACAGGAAGAAAGGCAUCAUGGAGGAGAUCACACACUGUGACGCUGACAUCAUCAGUCUGCAGGAGGUGGAGACGGAGCAGUACCACGCCCUCUUCCUGGAGACUCUAAAGGACCAUGGGUACGAGGGGUACUUCUGCCCAAAGUCUCGUGCCAAACUGGUCUCAGAACAGGAGAGGAAGCACGUGGACGGAUGUGCUGUGUUCUUCAAGACUGAGAAAUUUACUCUGGUGCAGAAACACACGGUGGAGUUCAACCAGGUUGCCAUGGCAAACUCUGAGGGUUCAGAGGUCAUGUUGAACAGGGUCAUGACCAAGGACAACAUCGGGGUCGCUGUCCUACUGGAGGUCAACAAGGACAUGUUCUCUGGUGGCAUGAAGCCUCUGCAGGAGACACAGUUCCUUCUGGUGGCUAACGCCCACAUGCACUGGGACCCAGAGUUCUGUGACGUCAAGCUGAUUCAGACCAUGAUGUUCCUGUCUGAGCUGAAGAGCAUCAACGAGAGGGCGCUGAGCUCCGUGGCAACAGGCUCCCCGACCUCCGACCCCUCCUCCAUCCCUAUCGUCCUCUGUGCUGACCUCAACUCCCUGCCAGACUCUGGUGUAGUGGAGUAUCUGAGUAAUGGUGGUGUAGCAGAGAACCAUAAGGACUUCAGAGAGCUGCGCUACAACGAAGCUCUCAGCAACUUCAGCUGCCAGGGGAAGAACGGCCCUUCUGACGGCAGCAUCACUCACAGCUUCCAGCUGAAGAGCGCUUACCAGGGCAGCCUCAUGUCUUAUACCAACUACACCUAUGACUUUAAGGGUGUGAUCGACUACAUCUUCUUCUCCAAGACUCACAUGUCUGUAGCUGGCUUGCUCGGUCCCCUGGAGUCUCAGUGGUUAACGGACAACAACAUCACUGGCUGUCCCCACCCCCACAUCCCCUCUGACCACUUCUCUCUGCUCGCCCAGCUGGAGCUCCACCCGCCCGUCAACACCUCCCUCAACGGCCUGCACCUGCCCGUCCACAGCUGAUGAUCUCCUAGUCUUCCCUAGGACUUUUUAUGUUUGAACAAGGUCUCCCACUCCCAAACACUGUAAUUACUUCCCCAACUUCAGCUGUACCCCUCCAGCCCCCUUCCCCUGCACCCCUCCACAUAUCUAAUAUCACAGCCUUUUUUUUCUCUCUCUCUCAUGAACACAUCCACUCUUACUUUACAUUUGUAUCAAAGUUAGUUUUGUAGAGCACACCUCCAUUUUCUUACUUCCAACAAAAACAACGUGCCUCGUUUGUACAGUAUACAAUCUCUCCAACAGCAGCACUGCCUAGGAAAAUACGUUUUUUGCGUUUACACAGGCAGACCAAAUCUGAUCUUUUGCCACUAACUUUUGACCAAUCAGAUCAGAAUUUUUUUUUUGCCAAUAAUUGGUCUAAAGAUCAGAAUGGGCUGCCUGUUUUUAAACCCAGCCUGAGUAGCUCAGACUAACCAUGCGCCAACAUCUAUCCAUCCAUUCCUCCAUCCCUCUAUUCAUCCCUCUCUCCAUCCAUCCCUUCAUCAUCCAUUCUGUUGCAAUUCACAUCAAAGUUAACGGAAAUUCCAAUUCAAUAAUUGAAAAAAUGGCAUCUAUUUGCAAUGUUUUUCUCAAAGUGAAGCUAUUUAUUUGAAAAGUUUAUUUUAUUUUUAAUGUAAGAAUUAUUUUUCCUGAUUUGAGAUGUUUUUUUGACAGGUGGUGCAGGAUUAUGUUGCCUGAUUUAGCUAUGCAUCUGCUUAUAAUUUCCAACAUGUUGGUAGGCUAUUUGUUAGUCAACUAUAAUUAGAUACUUGCUCACCAUAAUAAUGUCAUCGACUCAAUAGAAUGAAUGCUUCAGUGUAGUUGACACCAGUAAACUUUUCUCUGUCAUCUCUGCUUCUUUCGCGGAGCAAAGACGUUCAGGGACCGGGGAUAAAAUGCAAUAACUGGAGAUUUAAACGGGAAACGGAUUCUGUGCAGAAUUUCCAAAUUACGUCAAUUUGACCGGUUGAAAGGAAAUGGAAAUCUGUGAAAACAAACCAACAUGUUUCUGAUAAGAUUUUAGUUCUGCUUGGGUGCAUAUUUAAUGUGGUUGAAAUACUAUCCGUUUUUGUGACGCUGAUAAAGAUGGCCGCUCUACAGAUGGUAUCUAAAUGAGCAUUCGCAUUCUGUCAAGAUGCUGAAAUAAAUCAUAUUUCUCCACUCCUGUUCCAGAGUAAAAAUAUUGCAUACAUUUGGUUGAUAAUUUUACUGCUAGAUAUGCUUCUUUUUUUCCCCCCAGGAGUUCAUAUUAAGGCCCAUGUGAGGUUAUAGACCUACAGUCGGUGUCCAGAUUUCAGUUUCCAUUUAACCCAUCCGAACAGUAGGCUACAGUUCCAUUGACGUGACCGGCACAUUUUUAUAUAGCUUCUCACAAUCAUCACACGUAACUUAGUCGCCGCUUCUGCUAUAUCAUCCUCCUUUUUAACACUUCACCAAAUCUUUCCCAAACAUUACAUUUCUGGCCCUCACUUUGCUUUUAUUUUUAACUCUUUUUAUUUCGCAGCUCUUCUGUCAUUGAAUUAAAACUCUGACUUUUUUUUUUUUCCCCUCCUUGGAUCGACAUGAACUUUUUUCUGCCCAUUCCCAAAAGCAUCUGGUGAUUGGCUGUAGGCUAUUUGGCCCGCCUAGGCCUUAAAGUUUAGGCUUUAUGCACUAAUGCCAGAUAGUGACUCAGUGUAGCAUAUACAUUGAGCAAGAAUUUAUAUAGAUUUUCUUCUUUCUCAAGCCAGCCCACACCCUUCAUCCACUCAAUAUUUCAUGACCCUAAACCGCCCCCACCCCACUGAUAUAACCGGAUGGACUGCAUGUUAUGAGUCAACCCGUGCGUCACUAGUAGGAAACGAUCAUUGUGGCUUGUCAGCCAUAUUGAGAAUGCCCACUGGUAGCCCCUCGGAGACCAUUCUAAACCCAUAGAUGGCUUCAUGUCUACAGCUAGACCGGAGGAUCCAACAACUGCUACCCAGCUGCACACGUUCCAUUUGGUUUCUGAAUGUAGGUUUUUAUUUGAUUUCAAUUUUUUUUUUUUUUUUUUCAUUCGGGUCAUAAUUAGGUAGACUUGGCACAGUGACUGCAUUGCUAGAGGUUUUGUUAGCAGACAUCUUUUGAAUAUCACUUGUUCUUUUCAGACCUAAGACACGUUUUUAGAAGAGAAAUGUUAGCAUCUAUAGUAUGUUAAUUCAGGUUUAAAGCUGAUUUGCCAUUGCAAGGUCAUUGUGAUUUUAAAAAGAAAGCACUUUUUAAAUAUGUGUUUGUCUUAGAUGCAUAAGGGUCAGAAACUAUCCUAGCCUUCCAUCCUACAUGGUGUACCUAAAACUGAUGGAUUUCAAUGUUUUACCUACAAUCAUAAAACAUAUGACACAGAGUGUGGUCAAUGUGGGCGUGUCAAUAUGUUCAUACUAACCAUGUGCUCAAGGACAAGGAAGUAGACUGUAGUGUUUGGGCAAGAAACAAGGCCUAAACUAUGACCAGGAAGUUUGAGAAUGACCUAUGCUCCCCAAAGAGGAAAGGGUUUAAGUUGAGUAAACUAAGACCACCCCAGUCCCACCUCCUCCUGGGAGUGUAAUCUGUCAACCAAUCAGAGGUGGAGGUGCUAACUUUUUGUAUUACUCUGAAAACAGUGUUUUAGUUUUAUGGAUUUAUUGGGGUAAUAAUGUUCACAAAAAUAAAAUAUUCACGCUCAUCA